GGAACCCUAUAUCUCCUCAUUUACUUAGAUUUCUGUAUUUUUGCUCUGCAUUAGCUAAAAAAAAAAACACAGAGAGAAGAAAGAUGGGAGCCGUACUGUCUUCCAUUGGAUCUAUACUGUCUUACUUAUUUGGAGCCUCAGCCGCCGGAGAAGAUUCAGCAUCGGAUGGUCAAUCGGGUGUGACAGCGUUCCACUCCUCAGCCCGUUGGCAGCUCCAUUUUAAUUCCAUAAAAAACACCAACCAGCUGAUGGUGAUUGAUUUCGCGGCAUCUUGGUGUGGGCCCUGCAAGCACAUGGAACCAGCAGUUCAUGCCAUGGCUGCCAAAUUUACUGAUGUUCAGUUUGCCAAGAUCGAUGUCGAUGAAUUGCCUGAUGUGGCACAAGAGUUUGGGGUGCAGGCAAUGCCAACAUUUGUGUUGGUGAAGAAAGGGAAUGAAGUGGACAGGGUAGUGGGAGCUCAGAAAGAGGAGCUUCAGAGGAAGAUUGAAAAACACAGGCCUCGUUAAGCUGCUUGUUGAUUCUUCAAUCUCUUGGUUCCGCGUCCUUCUUUAUUUGCUUAAGCAUAAAAGAAUUGAAGCUUGUCAGUUGCUACUAUUUCCAUCUUUUUCUUGAAGUUGAAUGAAAAAUGACAAGGAUUAUUUAUGUACUUAUUGAAACUUGGAAUCUGUGUGAUCUUUUGCAUUCGAUGCUUGGUCUUUCUUUUCUGGAAAAUAUGCUUUGCAUACAAAUAAAUCAUUCAUCCAAAUGUAGGUGACAAUUGUGGAUUCUAAGAAUGCUAAAUGAUUUGUUUAUACACA